AUGCUUCCCAACUACCGCCUGACUCCCAGCAGGAGUGUGAGUAACAGUUGUCGACGCCCCAGUGAAAGCAGCACCAGCAGUCAUACCAGCACUGGCACCAGUACUACUUGUACCAGCCGAAGCAGCAGCUCUUGUGCCAAGUACCGCAUGGCGCCCAUCUCCGCUGCUUCCAUUCAGCAUGAACAUACACCCAGAAAGGUACAGAGAAUCAUGUCUAGUCUUCCAGACAGAAUGCUGCUAGCCAGACAGGGAGUUCCCACGGAUCAAGACCCAGACACUCUCAUUCAACACAAGAUCAUUUCACAAUGUAAACAACAACCUCCAACCAUCCUUGCCUACGAUUCAGAGGCUCUCCAAGGCUUCUUCCUUCCACCCACACAAGCCGAAAUCGAUGCCUACGAUCACGACAUUCUGGCUGCUGUACGGACCGAAAACAUUCCCGUCUUGCAACAGUUCCACGCUGCGGGACGACCACUCAAAUGCAGCAAUCGAUUUGGAGAAUCCAUUCUACAUCUGGCAUGUCGCAAGGGACUUGUGCAAGUGGCCAAGUUUCUCAUUGAAGAAGCACACGUUCCACUCCACGUCUGUGACGACUACGGACGAACGCCUCUCCACGAUGCCUGCUGGUCCCACAAACCCAAUUUUCAACUCAUGGAUUUGCUCAUUACACAUUCCCCCGAUCUGCUAUACAUCAAAGACAAGAGAGGAUUCACACCCCUCAAACAUGUCAGACGACAACAAUGGCCAGAGUGGAAGGCGUAUCUGCAACAAAAACCAGCUGCCUCGCUCAUGCCCAAACGACGAAUGAUCAUCAAUGUACAAAACUGCAGCAAUACAUAG